AAAAAAAAAAAAAAAGAAGUCCUAGUCCGACCGACGGAUCACAGAUCUACCGUUCCUCAUCCGUCCUCCCUCCCCGGCGCAUACUAGCUCCUCCUCGGCCUGGAUGCUGCAGCAAGCCCGUCCGGAUCUCCGCCUGGAUCUUUUUUGUGUCUAUCCGCGGCCACUCCGCGGUUCUCCCCGCCGGUUUGAGAGCUUGGCAGCGGGGCUGGGGGAUGGAGUCUCAGACGGGGCUGUGAGCAGGCUGCUUUUAAAGGGGAGGUGGAGGUGUGGGGGGUCGGUGUGAGAAGCCCCAGGCCCUGCUUUGCUUUGUUAUCCUGGGCUCGGUUUACCGGCUAUCUCUUCGUGUUUUCCAACUUGUUUCUCAUCUUUUUCCUGCUCCAGGUUAUCCUCCUGUGAGACAUUGGAGGAGUUUUUGAGUUGCAGAGAGAAACACCCUCACAGCACCAGGAUUUAACGCAGAUUUUGGCUGCUGGACUUCAUUCACAUCUUGUUUUCUGCAGCGUGUUUUUCAAUUCAGGAUUUUCUGAAGGACGAAUCAAGAAAAACAAAUUAGUCUACUUUCAUUCAUUGGCCUCCCUCCUAACCCUUUAAUCCCUUUUAAUCACCUUUUUUUCUUUGCAUUACUCUGUCUGUCCCCACACACGCCUAGCUGCACCUAUUUCUCCUGAUAUUUCUUUAUCCAUCUUCUAUUUCUCUCUUUUAAUCUCCCCAUUUCCUCCUCGUUUACCUUCAUUUAUUUCCCACCUCCCGGUCUCUACCUCUCCCCUCUGUCAGUCUCCCACCCUCCAUCUGUCUCCCCCUGUCUCCCUCCCUCCCUCCAUCCUCCAUCAUGGCUCCGGUGUGCCGGUUCUCCUGGUCUUGCUGCCUGCUGCUUCUGCUGCUCCUCCCCGCCGUCCAGAGCUCGUUCCCCCGCAGCAAAGAGGACUGCGGCCCGGGAAAGGCCUCCGACUGUCCAGAUCUGUCAGAGAAGAAGAGCGACCUGCGCGUGUGUGACGCCGGGACGUGUCGCUUCGGAGGAACCUGCCGUGAGAACGGAGCGGACAUCAAGUGUGUCUGCCAGUUUCACUGUCAUAAGAAGUACGUCCCUGUGUGCGGAUCCAAUGGAGACACGUAUCAGAACGAGUGUUUCCUCAGGAGGGCCGCAUGCAAGAAACAGAGAGCCAUCAGCAUCAUGUCUGAGGGGCCCUGUUACCACGACGGAGCAUCAGGAUCUGGUGAUGGAGACGACGAAGGCUCCGGUCGCGGGAAGAAAGUGUCAAAAUGUGGAAACUGCAGGUUUGGAGCCGAGUGUGACGAAGACUCUGAGGAUAUGCUCUGCAUGUGUAACAUCGUGUGUAACGGCCACAACGACAACCCGGUGUGCGGGGGCGACGCCGUCACCUACGACACGCCGUGCCACGUCCGCGAGGCGUCCUGCCUCAAGCAGCUGAAGAUUGACAUCAAACACGUGGGCCGUUGUCAAGAUAAAAGCAGGAAGGACGACGGCAUCAAGAGCAAACCAGACAUCUACGCCGUGUCUAAACCUGGUGAAGGGGAGGGCUUUGUGGAUGUCCCCGCCCCCUGUCCUGAAGACUACUCCCAGUUCUGUGAACACGGCCAGUGUGAGAUGAGACACAACCUGCCCACCUGCAGGUGUGAGGCGGCGUACGGCGGCCCUCAGUGCGAUCAGCUGCUGGACUUUAACAUCCUGUACGUGGUGCCCAGCGGCCAGAAGCUGCACUACGUCCUCAUCGCCGCCAUCAUCGGAGCCGUUCAGAUCGCCGUCAUCGUUGCUGUGGUCAUGUGCUUCACCAGGAGGUGCAACAAGGCGAAGCGCGGGCGGAGACAGAAGCAGCACCUGGGUCACUUCCCGUCAGGAACGUCCUCCAGGAUGAUGUAGCUGCUCCGCGCUCUCUCUCUCUCUCUCUCAUGUUUUUAUGAAAACCCAGAAGUCUAACGUUUUCGUAUCACACAGACUGACUGCAUUUUUGAUAUCUCCACUUUUUGGUGCCUCUUUUUUCCCCCUUUUUUAAAAAUAGAUUUUGAAUUCCUUAAGAGGCCUUAUUUUCAAGAUUUUUUUCUCCAUGUUUGAUUUCUUUUUUUCCUUCUUCCUGUCGGACAGUUGCUUGUCUUGGCUGUCUGCAGAUGACUUUCUGUUUUCAGAGUUUGGUUUGUGUUUGUGGCGAUGCUGCCGUCCUCUCGGACUCUGAAACACUGUGGAUCCUCUGACAGAAGCUCAAAUGUUAUUUAUCUGAUUGUAUUUUCACUUUGGACCGUCCACACAAACUGGAAAAACACAGAUUGUCUCUCUUUGUUUGGACCCUGUGAGACGCACACUGAUGCUGUUUCUGAGCUUUUCUUUGGAUUUAUUUUGAAGACACAUUAACUCAUUUUUUAAAUCUUGUUUUAAACAGUUAGAUCAACUAUUAAAUAUUCAGAUCUAGAGUACAGCCUCUACUGACAUUAAAAUACCAUUGAACUCAAAGCAUUAGCUACAUGUUUGGGGUUGAUACUUUCCUACUCUACAGCUCCCCCUACAGGAUUCUUUUAGGAUCCACAAAAUGUUAUUCUAACAAUUUGAUUGGUUUUUAAAAUGUUCCCUACAUAAAAAAAAGCUGAAAUUUCAGACGAACAUUUCAAACUUUUCCCUGAUGAAGCAAGAGGUUAAAUCACAAAAGUGUAAACUCAAAAUUAAAACAAAAAUAUCCUUUUAUUAGCAAAGAAUCAUGUUUUAAGCCCAAAAUAAAGGGAACUAAUAUCAAAUAAUUCACAUUCUGGAUGUUAUAGUAAGUAAAACUCUGUAUUUAGUCAGAAUUCAAAUCAAAAUACGACUUUUUCAUUGUUUGCCUCCUGAGCUUUGAUUGGCCCUCCAGCUGGAUGUUUAAACCAAUCUGUGCAGGUUGACUUUUAGUAGUUUAGGGAGUCACACAGAUACAGAUCACAAAGAGAGAGAGUCAAAAGAAAUUGAGUAUUAAAAGGGAUUUUAUGUCACAAUUCAGUUGCUUUUUAGAUACAAAUUCUGACUGUUAUCAGUUUACAUUAUUAAGCUUCUUUAAGAACACAACGUCUUCACGCUGCUCAACAUGAAGACCGUGUCCACGGUUAAAUGUGUCUUCUCUUUUAAAUGUGUGUUAUAAAGGCCUCAAUACUCCAGGGGGCGCUCUUUAUCAGGACCACAGGAUUAUCAGGGACCACUGAAGCCCUCUGGAGUGUUUCUGCUGGAGUAAAUCUGACGUUCUGUUUCUGUCUUACUGCGUCUCACAGGGUUAAAAAAAAAAAGAAGCUAAAUGUUCAUGUAACUUAAUUUUCUUUUUUUUGUAUUUGUUCUGAUGAGGCGCACCUGAAAACCAAAAUGCUGUUUUUUCUACUGUUAAAAAAAAAGAUAUGGUACAAGCUAACAUGUACAGGUUGUUGUUAUAAUUAUUUUAUUGCUUAAUUUUCAGAUGAUGCCAUUCGGGAAAUGGAAAUGUUUUUUUUUUAAUAUGUGUUUAUUGACAAGCUAAUGCUAAUUUAAAUGUUUGAGUUACCUCUUUUGAUAUCAUUUGUAACGAUGGUACGAAGUGUCCGUGUUGGUCGUUUUCUCGUGGUAGAAGGAGUAGACUGGAGAGGUCUGGCUGCUCUGAGAUCAGAUUGGCGCUGUGGUCUCUGAUGUCUGCAGGGGUCCAGCCUGAUUUGACUGUAGAUGUUGCGUACUGCAUGAACCAGUGAAGUUGAUGUUUAGACUGUGCUGUAGCUGAAGUAGAAUUAAAUUAUGACGUUUGAAA